AAUCACGAAAUCUCGGGCGUGAACACUCUCCAUUCAGUCCGUGCUCCAUUCUCCAUUUCCUCUUCAAUUCCAGUAGCUCGGGUAGCUCGUCUCGUUUAGUCCUUGGACGAUGAGGCGACUAGCGUAGAAAGAUUUUUCCUUCCCGUUAUGAGACAUGUUUGAGGUGCAUUCUCGCGUACGGGACGAGAAAUGCGGAAUGUUCACAGCGGCGGCAUUUAAUAACGCUUGCGCAUUCGUAUCGAUAAGUUCUAUCCAUCCGUCGCCUAACAGUUUCGGCCUAAUCGCAACAGUUUGAUUUACUUCAAGUUUUCUACUACUUUCACGCUGUAACAAUUGCACAACGUCGAGAUGGCUGAUGAUACGAGCGUACGCGUUGCCGUACGAAUAAGGCCUCAAGUAGCGCGCGAAGUAAUUGAUAUGUGUAGAAUUUGUACCCAAGUACCUCCAGGAGAACCCCAAGUCUUUCUCGGACCAGACAAGGCCUUUACGUAUGAUUAUGUAUUCGAUACCAGCAUUGGACAGUGCACAAUUUACGAAACGUGUGUCGCACGUUUGAUAGAAGGUGCAUUGGAUGGGUACAACGCUACCGUUCUUGCUUAUGGUCAGACAGGCUCUGGAAAAACAUAUACAAUGGGCACUGGGUUCGAUGUGGAAGUUGACGAAAACAUAGUUGGAAUUAUUCCAAGAGCCAUUAGACACCUGUUCGACGGUAUCAUGGAGAAACAGCAACACGCUCGAGAACGUGCACAAAUGCCUCCGGAAUUUAAGGUUACAGCACAAUUUUUGGAAUUGUAUAACGAAGACUUGAAGGAUUUGCUAGAGCCCGGUGGUCCUCGAGGUGGUGCUCGAAUUCACGAAGAUCCCUCGGGCAAUAUACACUUGGCUGGCGUGGAACCGAGGAUCGUCACUAGUCCAGAAGAAGCGUUAGAGUAUUUAAGAUUAGGGGCACUAUCGCGGACGACUGGAUCCACCCAAAUGAACACCCAAUCGUCGAGAUCGCACGCGAUAUUCACGUUGUACAUAAAGCAACAGAGGUGUAUCAAAGUUGAAGAUCCGGAUGCUGAUGUUGACACGAGUGGCACCGAACCAGCUAGCGAGUUCGAAACUUUAACUGCAAAGUUUCAUUUCGUUGACUUAGCUGGUUCGGAGAGACUGAAGAGGACUGGUGCCACGGGGGAUAGAGCGAAAGAAGGAAUAUCUAUAAAUUGUGGUUUGCUGGCACUGGGUAACGUAAUUUCCGCGCUUGGUGACAAAUCAAAGAAAGCUUUACAUGUACCGUACAGGGAUUCAAAGCUGACGAGGCUGCUGCAAGAUUCGCUAGGAGGCAACAGUCAAACUGUCAUGAUAGCCUGUGUAUCGCCAAGCGAUAGAGAUUUCAUGGAAACUUUAAGCACAUUGAAAUAUGCGAACAGGGCGAGAAAUAUAAAGAACAAAGUUAUGAUUAAUCAGGAUAAAAGUUCAAGAACCAUUGCUUCUCUUCGAAGAGAAAUACAGCAGCUUCAAUUGGAAUUAAUGGAAUAUAGACAAGGCAAAAGAGUUGUUGGCGAGGACGGUAUCAACGAUGCUUGGCACGAAAACCAAAUGUUGACUAGCGAACUGCAAAGUCUUCGCACUAGAGUAAAAGCUCUCUCGGAGACAAUUGAAGCAUUGACAGCAAAAAAUGUUCUUCUGCAGGCAGAAAAAGCUGCUGGUCAAUGGUUAUCGGCGACGGGUGACAAUCCUGAAGUAACAAGUUUGAUACAGGGAUACUUGCAGGAAAUAGAAGAGCUGAGGGCUCGCCUGUUGGAGGCGGAGGCCAUGUAUCAGCAAUUAAAGAAACGACAAAUGCAGGUGAACGCGGCUAAUCCCUAUGGUGAUUCUGGAUAUACGUUUCACAGUGAUUCUACGUCAGUAUUAAACGAUGCUAAGAAGGAGCUGAAGAAAGAAAUGGAAACAUUGAACGCGUUGAGAGAGCAGCAAGCACACGCUACCAAUACUGCCAGUAAAACAGGAGAAGACGGAGAGGGCGAUGACGCGGAAGCCGGACAAGAUUCCGUUAGCGAAGAUGAAUCGGACGAUGAUUCAGAUAGGAAAGAAGAAGACGAAGAGGAAGCAGCUAUGGGCCGCGAAUUAGAGGAUCUAACAUCUAACAUCGACGUGAAGCAACGGUUGAUACAAGAACUCGAACUUUCGCAACGACGAUUGCAAAGUCUGAAGCAACAUUAUGAGGACAAGCUUGCUCAAUUGCAAGCUCGCAUCAAGGACACUCAAGAAGAGAGGGACAAGGUGUUACAGUCUCUGCAACAGCAGCCGACGCCGCCGACGGAGAAAGUGAAGAAGUUGCGCGAUGAGUACGAGAAGAAACUUACGGCGAUGCAAAAAGAAUUGCGUCUUAUCCAAACUAUGAAGAAGGAACACGCGAUAUUGCUCAAGAGUCAGUCACAGAACGAGAACAGAUUGAGGGGUCUUCGAAACGAAUUGGCAGAGAUGAAGAGGACGAAAGUGAAACUGUUGAACAAGAUGCGCGAAGAGGCACAGAAACAUAAAGAGAACGAGCUGAAACGCAACAGGGAGAUAGCGCAGCUGCGUAAGGAGAGCAGGAAGAACGCUAACAUGAUCCGUACGCUCGAGGCAGACAAAAGAAUGAAGGAGGUAGUGCUGAGGCGAAAGCAGGAAGAGGUGUCGGCGUUGAGGAAACGAGAUAGAGGCUUGAGUCAGAAAGCAGCUGGUAGAGCACCGCCUAAACCGAUAAAUCCAAAAGCGUUGAGGCAGAGGUGGCAAACGUUUGAAAGGACGAUUGCCAAACAAGCGCUGGCUAAACAAGCAGCCGUGGAAACGGAGAGAGAAAUGGAAAGACUUCUUCAAGAGCGAGAGGAACUGGGUAGAGAGCUCGAGAAGCUACAGAAGCACAGGCAUGCUGUGGCAAGCGUCAGGGGAGACACGACCGACGUGGACGAAGAGAUUGACAAUGUCAGGAGUAAGAUCAGCUACUUGCAGGAUAGUAUUUCCGAGUGCCAGCGCGAUAUGAUGGAAAUGGGAGACGCGGAAGGCGAGAGCGAACCCGGCGUCGAAGCUCUCAUAUCGACAAUUCACUCGGUGGACGAGGCUCAAUACUUGUUACAAAGGAUGUUAGCAUUUACCGUCGAGCAAAGCUGUGUAGCUGCUCAGAAGCAGCUCGAAGUUCGGGACAUGGAAUCGAGAUUGAAUCAAGUGGCGCAAGAAAGCGAUGUACAGCAUCAAUUAUUGGAACACGUAUUGCGGGAUAGAGAUCUUUUAUCUCUUACAAACAAUCAUCAUAACAAUACGAUGAACUACAGCCCUCCAAGCUCGCGGAGUUCGUCGCCAGAUAAUGAAAAUUACAGCCAAGUGAUAAUGGGAGAGGAGAGGCAGCGAAAUAAUAAGGUGCGACGAAGAACCACACAACCCCAAGAGCUUCUUUAUGGAGUUCAAGCUAGCCCAGAUAAUCUAAAGGCAGAGGAACAAAGUCAAAGCCAUAAUCACCCUCUUACCAGGGUUCCUAGUGCACCUGGGAGCCUGAAGGGACUGGUCUUGACAAGAAGUCAUGGCACAAUAGCUGGUGGAUCUCCGACUCUAAGUCGGCGGGACAGCACAUCGCCAAGGCCACAACGAAGACCGCUACACCCUGGCGGAGGCUCCAUGGAACAGGUAGCACAUACAGACGUGUCGUCACCGCCUGGAUCUCCGACCACUUACCGACGAUUCAACAGUCGCGAGGAGAAUGUUUUCUCAAGAUUAACUGCAAGCCGGCAACCCGCGUCGACUGAACCACAGCCCAUGAAGGGAAUUAUCUCUCAAUACCAAGGCAAGACACAGCCACGCGCCGUUCUUCAAUGCACUCACGUAGCCGAGGGCCACAGUAAAGCUGUUCUAACGAUAUAUGCUACGCCAGACUUGCUCUUCAGUGGUUCGAAAGAUCGAACGGUAAAAGUGUGGGACUUGGGGACAGGAAUCGAGAAUCUAACGUUAACAGGUCACCCGAACAACGUCGUAGCAGUGAAAUACUCGUCGGUGAACAAUUUGCUGUUCAGCGUUUCUUCGGCCUACGUGAAGGUUUGGGACUUGCGAAAGGGCAACAAUUGCGUUAAGACUUUGUUCUCGUCUGGUCAAGCACAAUGUGGGGCGAUCGCAUUAUCGACACCGUCUAGAAUGGUUCAAGUUCCUGUCGGCGAGACGACUAUCAAUGAUUUGGCUCUUAGCAUAGAUGAACAGGAGUUGUAUACCGCGUCGAGCGAUAAAGUUCGAGUGUGGGAUCUUCGUAAAUUAACGCAUACUGGGAGAUUGAGCACGCCCCAUACCGCGGCGGUGAUGUGUCUGGCUGUCGCCGAAGAUGGCAGAGUGAUAACAGGAAGUAAAGAUCAUUUGAUAUCUCUGGUGGAGCCGAACGCGUCCGGACAGUCCAUUAGUUUGACACCACCGCAUUACGAUGGCGUUGAGUGCCUGACGACUUGCGAUUCGACUCUAUUUUCUGGCUCAAGAGACAUGUGUAUCAAGCGAUGGGAUCUAAGCCGAAUGGAACUAGUCCAAUCACUGAAUAAUGCUCACAAGGAUUGGAUCCUUGGCUUGUGCACAAUUAAUAACGGAUCUGUGAUGAUAUCGGGAUGCCGAGGAGGAGUUCUGAAGGCAUGGUCUGUACCAAAGGAUCAAGCGGAUUGCACUCCGAUAGGAGAGGUCCGAGCCCAUGGUUCGGCCAUUAAUGCCGUGAACACUAAUCAACAGCAUGUUUUCACUGCAAGCAAUGACGGAACGGUGAGGCUGUGGAGCUACUAUAAGAGAGAUGCAAGAACUUUCCAAAGAAGCAACUCGUUAAAAAGCUAAUACUUGCACCUAUUGGAACUAUUGUUUUUGUUUCGUAACGUAUACACUCUUCUUUUUAAUUUAUUUAUUCAUUUACGUUGACUCUCAAGAUGCUAGACAUAAUUAACGUAACGAUUUUCAAUGAUAAUGCACCCAACGUAUUGCCUGUUGACUGUAUUAAUUUUUUGCUAAUACUUUUUGUUUUAUAACAUAUGUGAAUGUGUUUCUAAGGAUUGUAUGACUUGAGUUUCAUGUCUACUGCCUUAAUAGAUAUACGUAUACAUACGCAUACGCACGCGUAUAAGCAUUUCGUGUGUACAGAGUUUAUAAAUAGCGAUUUUUAAAUAACGUUUCUUAUACUACAUAGAAAAACGAAGUCCAAAGGCUUAAGUAAUAUACUAGAGAAAAAAAUUAAUUCAGCGAAUUAAGUGCAUUAUCGCGAGUUAAGUGCAGAAUAGAUAACAAAUUUAGUUAAUAAGAACAAAUUUGGUAUUACCUAGCAUUUAUUUUAUUAUGAACAUGAAGGUGGUAAUAAUUAUAAUAUUUACUCUUAGUACAAACAA